AAUUGUUUUUAAGUACGUAAUGUUGUGUUAUUACCAAAUUUUACUAAUACAUAUUACAAAACUGAUUAUUGGUUUUGUUGAAUAUAUGAAUAAAGAAUUUGAUGAAAUUAAUUACAGAAUUGCCAUGUUGGAAGACGUAAAUAAAAAUACUGCUAGAAACAUCACCAAUGGCAUCCUACUACAAGUUUGUGAUUUGCAAAAAGUGGAAAAAAGUGAAAAAUCCAAAGAAAAAGCUCUCUCCAAGGCAUCUAAAAAGAUGACAGAUGAAAGAAAAAAAUAUGCAACUCCAAAAGCAUUAACUUUAUUCGCAUCGGAAUUCUUAGGAACUGGUCUUAUGAUGUUUAUGGGCUGUAUGGGUUGUAUAACAGAAGUAGAUAAUCCCCCAGCAGUUCAUCAUUUCGCAUCUCUUUCAUUCGGAUUGAUGAUACUAUUAAUUAUUCAGGCAUUUGGUCACAUAUCUGGAGCCCAUCUAAAUCCCGGCGUUACAUUUGCUGCAGUCGUGAUGAAAUUACUGUCUCCUACGAUGGCAGGAAUAUAUGUAAUGGCACAGUUUUCAGGAGCCAUUUUGGGCUUUGGACUAUUGAAAGUAUUAAUGCCUUCUGAUUAUUAUAAAGAUGGUUUCUGUAUGACUCUCCCACAUACCUUGUUAACACCGAUGCAAGCUCUUGCAAUUGAAACUAUAAUAACUGCAACGUUAAUAAUAGUUGUAUGUGCGGUUUGGGAUAAAAGAAACGAAGAUAAAUCGGAUUCUGUACCAUUGCGGUUCGCCUUUGUAAUUGCUGGGAUUUCCAUGGUUGCGGGUCCACUUACUGGUGCCAGUAUGAACACAGCUAGAAGUUUGGCUCCUGCAUUAUUAUUAGGAAACUUCAAACAUAUAUGGGUGUAUUGGAUUGGACCCAACAUCGGCGCAAUUUUAGGUGUUGGAAUAUAUAAAUUAUUAUUCAGUAUACCUGAAGAUAGAAAUGAAAACAAUGAAGAAGGACUCAGUUUAAAAGACAACAAACUAGAAAAAGUCUAAUAUAUUGAAUAUUUCUGAUAAUACAUUCAAAGUAUCUGAGAAAUAAUGUAAAAUAUUUUUGAGGUUAUUAUAUCAAAACAACAAAGGCGGCCUUAUUCUGCUCAGUUCUUAAUAACUAUGUUCCGCGCAUGAGGAGGUCAUUGUUGCGUGGCGCCAUCUACAAACCACGGUCCACACCCAACCACCUCAGCCGCUGCAAAAUAAUCUUAGUGAUAGGAUGGAAUCUAUUUUAAUGAAAAAUAUUAACAUAACGAUAACAUGUGAAAUUUCUUAUCAAAAUUGGAAAAUAUGUAACACUUUCUAUAAUUGUCUAAGUUGAACCAUGACAAAACGAUAAAAAAAUCGUCAUUAUUUCCUGAGCUACUCAUUUGAUAAAAUGUUUAGAAAUCAAUACGAAAACAUAAAAUAUUCAGUUGGAGUUUUUAAAAUGUUCAAUACUAAUAACCAAGCUUCUAAAUUCACAGUAAUUCUCAAGAUUUUUCACAAAUCUCAAAAACAUAUUUCCUCUUGGGCUAAAAAUAUUUUAUGCUUGUGAUAUAAUUUUAAGAGCUUUUAGAAUUCCAGCUAACGUGAUAUGAAUGGAUAAAAUUAAAUGUCUUUGUAGUAAAAAAAAAAUAAGCAACGAUAUAUUGUACUAAACUAUAAGAAAUAUUGAAUAAAAUGUUAUAAAUGAUCUAACAACUAACAACAGAAUGUCAUAUUGACAUUUACUAUUUAUUAUUUUAAUUUGCUGUAACAGGCAGCUGUAUAAUAAAUUUUGUAUGUCUGUUCUAUCAUUGAAAUAACUAAGAAAUAUAUUUAUAUAUACAUAUAUUUUUAUUGAAAAAUAAAUUUUUCAAACCUCUCGUAAUUAAUCCCUCUAAGGUAAUUCACAUAUUUUUGAUAUUCUAAUGUAUCUAUUUAUUAUUUGUAUAUUUAGUGUAUUCAUGAAAUUAUUUGUAAAUAAACUAUUCAUUUCUAAA